AUGCAUUUAUGUGAAAGGCAAUCGAAUUUAACUCGAAGAGCUUGUUGUCAACUUGUUUUAUUGCUGAAUGAUACUACAAAGGUACCCUUCUGCAACGAGUUAUUAACACAGAACUACAGCGAUUAUACAUUCUAUUCACCGCCAGUCUUUCUGGAUGAACCGGCAGAUGUACGAGAAGAUCAUGUAACAUUCUUAUUGGGUAUAAUGGUGCUUAUGUUGGUCGCAUGUGGUUGCAUUUUCACGCUCAGUCGUCUCACAAAACCUAGAUUCCGCAUCAAUUACGGAACAAUUUCAAACUAUGACUUCAUGAUGUGGAUGCCUACAAAAGCAAAUAGGAGGUCGUCAGUAAUGGUACUUUUACGAGGUAUGACGUGCCGACGGACACCAAAUAAUCGCAGUUCUAACAUAAGCGUAGUCUCGUCAAACAUAGGAUUACUACCAUCUUACCAAACCGCCACCUCCACACCAACAUCUGCGCUAUCAUCCUUUCCACCACCGCCCUAUGCCGAGACGCAGAGACUGACAGAAGAAAAUCAAUCUCUUUAGAAGAGCGUGUCAUGCUAAGCAAAUUUAUAGAGCUCAAAGGUUGCUAGGAAAUUUCGAAGACUGCAUCCGUCCACUGAAACUUUCGUUACCUCGUUUUGUUAGUUGAGAAUUUGUAUAUGAAGC